UUCCGAGGAAUCACGCGGAAGUAGUAAAUUAGACGCAUCAAGUAGUGCAAAUCACCAACCAAAACAGUGACAUUUUGGAAAACUAUUGAAAGUAAAGUUUAUUUUAUUUUAAACAAGAGGACAUGUGCCAGUUCCAUUCCGAUAGUUAGGUUAUUCCGUAGAGGUAGCCUAUAGUCGCUGAAUUGUCAUCAUCAGAUAGAGUUAUGGCAUGCAGCGACUCUAUGGUGUCAAUGAAUGGAACUCAAGUUUCCUAUAUUGGACAUGACUGUGAGGAUAUCCCAGAGUACCUUGGAGAAAGAUAUGGACUCUUGACAAGACGGCUAGAUCUCAGCUUCAAUCAGCUAAGGUCACUGGCGGGCCUCAAAGCGUUCACUGGGCUGGAAGAACUGGUCGUCGACAACAAUCUGCUCGGAAACGACCUCCAGUUGCCCAGGUUACCCACCCUCCACACCCUAACACUCAAUAAGAACCAACUGACUGACAUUGAGGAGCUGCUGGAGCACUUGGCGAAGGCGACACCGUCGCUGCAGUACCUCAGCCUGCUGGGAAACGAGGCCUGUCCCAACCAGCUGGUCAGCCUGGACAAGGAUGAGGACGACUACCAGAGAUACAGGUAUUUUGUUCUGCACAAGCUACCCACCUUAAAGUUCCUAGACACUAGGAAGGUUUGUAAGAUUGAACAGCAGGAGGCUGAGGCACGGGGAGCCUUCAUGAAGGUGGUUAAACCCAAGUUAUCAGACACGGUGGCCCCAGGGGACCCCAGGUCUGAGUGUUCCUUUAUGCCCUACACCCCUCUACCCAGAGGCUCUAGAGACGGCAAGAACCACAAAGGUGUGUUCGCCAAGUGCCGUUACGUCUACUAUGGAAAGCAUUCGGAAGGCAACCGAUUCAUCCGCAAUGACCAACUCUGAUGGACCGACAGAGAGACGCAAACACACGCACACAAGCUUCAUUAUACAAGUCGUUAAAUAAAAAUUCAAACAUCUUCAUUAAAAUGUCUCUUCCAUAACCUAUACUGUCACUCUCAGACCCCAGUCCUGGGGCCGUAUCUAUCAAGCUUCUCAGAGUAGGAUUGCUGAUCUAGAAUCAGUUUUCAAUCAUGAAUGAGAUUAUAUGGACGGGGGGACCUGAUCCUAGGUCAGCAUCCUUCUCUACGCUUUAUGAAUACGGGCCUUGUAGCGUAGUGGCCUGGCUUUCCUGUCAGCUCCACUCUCCUGCCCCAGAGUGAACAUUGACACUCACGUUGACAUAAUUGCAUUCAAGCAGCAGUGCUCCACAUAAACACAACCAUAUACAAAAAUGCAUGCAUGCACGCACACGCACCCACAGAACUGUUCACGCAAGUGCAAGCACUCUCUCUUUCACACCCACCCGCCCACCCAAAAAACACACACACACACACCCCGUGAACACAGUGAUGGACAGCUCCAGCCAAGCGGCUGAUUUGACAGCCACAGCAGCCAUGAUGGAUCACCCGUCCCCUACCGCCACUCAUCAGGGGUCAGAGGUCAAACCUGAUGCCUCACUGGGCCUGUGUGAGUGUGCAUGUGUGAGGGGGACUGGGGCGUAAUGAUGUAUAUUUCAAAAUGUAAGUAUACAGUAAAUUUCACUUUUAGAGUGUCAGUUAGGAGAAAGAGAGAUACAACAUAAACCAAAUAAAGUUUUUAAAACCUUUACAAUUCCCACCCCUAUGUCCACCUAUAGAUAAAUGAUAUAAGAUAGGUAGAUGUUUACACCUGGCACAUCUCCAUCUUGUCGAAAUUGGGGCUUGAGAAUGUUAACAGAGGGGAUUAGAGAGAGGGUGGGGGCAAUGCCAGACAGGAGAGGGGGAGGAUGAGGGCUAAAUUAAAGUAUAGGAAAGUUAGGAUAACUUUUCUCAAGGAGUCCACCCUUGUGGUUCUGAAGCUGUAUUUGAAUGGAUACAGGGCUUGCCUGCAAGAGUAACACCACUUCACAACUUUUCACUUACCUGUUUAGAGUUAUGCUGUUGGCAGAUAUAUUUUACUAUGGUCUGUUUUUAAUGGCAAUUAAUCCGUUUAGUAUUCAAUUAUUGCAUGAUAAUGUACAAUUUGAAGAUAUGUUAUAUUUUCAAAUGCACAAUGGAAAGACAAUCCAACAUUCCAUAACAAAAUAAAUAAAGAACACAUUAGAGACCAAAGAAACAUUCAACCUCUAACACUGUCAAAUAGUUUCAGUAAAUUAGGUUUGCAAAAUUCUGGUAACAAAAUGUCCAGGUUAUCCAGAAAUCCUAGUUGGAGGAUUCCUGCUUAUUCCCUCCUGUUUCCGUUGAUCUUCCAACCGGGAUUUAUUGACAUUUUGGGGAUGGUUACCAGCAUUCUGCAACUCUGAAUGUUCUAUUGAAACUGAGAUUAAUAAAUACAUUUUAAUAUCAUCAAUAUCAUUAGUAUGGAAUUAAUAAAUGAUUAGUUCAUUGUGAUUUAUGAAUAUUACCUCAAUGGGGUUAUGAAGGAUUCAGAAGGUAUGCUUUUAACAUAUUAUAGCAUCAUUAUAGUAUCAUAGUUAGGAACUAUAUUCCCACACCUAUAAAAUGUAUGGUAAUUUUUCCUGAAUAUAAACUUCUAACAUUUGUGAAUCAUGUUUUUAUUUUAUUUUUUUAUUUCACCUUUAUUUAACCAGGUAGGCUAGUUGAGAACAAGUUCUCAUUUGCAACUGCGACCUGGCCAAGAUAAAGCAUAGCAGUGUGAACAGACAACACAGAGUUACACAUGGAGUAAACAAUUAACAAGUCAAUAACACAGUAGAAAAAAAGGGGAGUCUAUAUACAUUGUGUGCAAAAGGCAUGAGGAGGUAGGCGAAUAAUUACAAUUUUGCAGAUUAGCACUGGAGUGGUAAAUGAUCAGAUGGUCAUGUACAGGUAGAGAUACUGGUGUGCAAAAGAGCAGAAAAGUACAUAAAUAAAAACAGUGUGGGGAUGAGGUAGGUGAAAAUGGGUGGGCUAUUUACCAAUACACUAUGUACAGCUGCAGCGAUCGGUUAGCUGCUCAGAUAGCACAUGUUUGAAGUUGGUGAGGGAGAUAAAAGUCUCCAAUUUCAGGGAUUUUUGCAAUUCGUUCCAGUCACAGGCAGCAGAGUACUGGAACGAAAGGCGGCCAAAUGAGGUGUUGGCUUUAGGGAUGAUCAGUGAGAUACACCUGCUGGAGCGCGUGCUACGGAUGGGUGUUGCCAUCGUGACCAGUGAACUGAGAUAAGGCGGAGCUUUACCUAGCAUGGACUUGUAGAUGACCUGGAGCCAGUGGGUCUGGUGACGAAUAUGUAGCGAGGGCCAGCCGACUAGAGCAUACAAGUCGCAGUGGUGGGUGGUAUAAGGUGCUUUAGUGACAAAACGGAUGGCACUGUGAUAAACUGCAUCCAGUUUGCAGAGUAGAGUGUUGGAGGCAAUUUUGUAGAUGACAUCGCCGAAGUCGAGGAUCGGUAGGAUAGUCAGUUUUACUAGGGUAAGUUUGGCGGCGUGAGUGAAGGAGGCUUUGUUGCGGAAUAGAAAGCCGACUCUUGAUUUGAUUUUCGAUUGGAGAUGUUUGAUAUGAGUCUGGACGGAGAGUUUACAGUCUAGCCAGACACCUAGGUACUUAUAGGUGUCCACAUAUUCAAGGUCGGAACCAUCCAGGGUGGUGAUGCUCGUCGGGCAUGCGGGUGCAGGCAGCGAUUGGUUGAAAAGCAUGCAUUUGGUUUUACUAGCGUUUAAGAGCAGUUGGAGACCACAGAAGGAGUGUUGUAUGGCAUUGAAGCUCGUUUGGAGGUUAGAUAGCACAGUGUCCAAGGACGGGCCGGAAGUAUAUAGAAUGGUGUCGUCUGCGUAGAGGUGGAUGAGGGAAUCGCCCGCAGCAAGAGCAACAUCAUUGAUAUAUACAGAGAAAAGAGUCGGCCCGAGAAUUGAACCCUGUGGCACCCCCAUAGAGACUGCCAGAGGACCUGACAGCAUGCCCUCCGAUUUGACACACUGAACUCUGUCUGCAAAGUAAUUGGUGAACGAGGCAAGGCAGUCAUCAGAAAAACCGAGGCUACUGAGUCUGCCGAUAAGAAUAUGGUGAUUGACAGAGUCGAAAGCCUUGGCAAGGUCGAUGAAGACGGCUGCACAGUACUGUAUUUUAUCGAUGGCGGUUAUGAUAUCAUUUAGUAUACUGAACAACAAUAUAAACGCAACAUGCAACAAUUUUAACGAUUUUACUGAGUUACAGUUCAUAUAAUGAAAUCAGUCAAUUCAAAUAAAUUUGUUUUGGCCCUAAUCUAUGGAUUUCACAUGACUGGGUAGGGACGCAUCCUUGGUUGGGAAUAGGCCCACCCAUAUGGGAGACAGGCCCAGCCAAUCAGAAUGAGUUUUUCCCCACAUAACCAGGCUUUAUUACAGACAGAAAUACUCAGUUUCAUCAGCUGUCCAGGUGGUCUCAGAUGAUCCCGCAGGUGAAGAAGCCGGAUGUGGAGGUCCUGAGCUGGCGUAGUUAGAUGUGGUCUGCGGUUGUGAGGCUUGUUGGAUGUACCGCCAAAUUCUCUAAAAUGACGGAAGCGGCUUAUGGUAGAGGAAUGAACAUUAAAUUCUCUGGCAACAGCUCUGGUGGACAUUUCUGCAGUCAGCAUGCCAAUUGCACACUCUCUCAAAACUUGAGACAUCUGUGGCAUUGUGUUAUGUGACAAAACAGCACAUUUAGAGUGGCCUUUUAUUGUCCCCACCACAAUGUACACCUGUGUAAUGAUCAUGCUGUUUAAUCAGCUUCUUGAUAUGUCACACCUGUCAGGUGGAUGGAUUAUCUUGGCGAAGGAGAAAUGCUCACUAACAGGGAUGUAAACAAAUUUGUACACAACAUUUGAGAGAAAUAAUCUUUUUGUGCAUAUGGAACAAUUCUGCAAUCUUUUAAUUCAGCUCAUGAAACAUGGAACCAACACUUUACAUGUGGCAUUUAUAUUUUUGUUCAGUAUAUAAUAUGUCCUAUUAAAUAUACUCACUAGCUAUGUUACCAUUAACUUGUCCAGUGAUUUUUUUGUUGUUGUUGACGUUUACAAAGUUUGCGUAGAAAAUAGAUUUGACAAUUGCCUGCUACGGUGCAUUUCUAUUUAACAAACAGCUGGACGUAAUGACCUCACACCUAAAACAAAUGACAGUGUCGUAGGGCGGUACGCCGUAUAUACCGUAUACUGGGGGGUUUGGAAAUAGCCACAGAUGGUUUUUCAAUAGUGUUGAAACGAUUUCUUCUCCAACAUUUUUAAAAAAUGUGAAUAUUUGUUGCUACUCUUUUAAGUAAAUACCUGCAGUCAACUUGUGAAAUGCUUUAAGAGAUAAAGAUCACCUUCUUCAUUUCGUCUCACAUCAUUGUUCAUUAUGAAGCUUACCGGAAGUCCCCAGUCACGUCGUGUUUCUUUACAAGCACACAACGACAAGACAUAGGAGCGACUGUGACUCUCAAGUGAUCGAGUUACAGUAUGGAAUUCCCAACUAAAUAUUUGCCAGUCUUAUAACUAUUAAGUUAACUGUCUAAAAUGUGCUAAAUGCUCUCUCGUUUUGAAUUUGUUUUGCUAAUUUAGUAGCUAGUUAACUAUCUCACUAGCUAAGUGGUUAGCUUCUUCCAAUAUCAAGCUUCGCUUGGUAACAGCAGAGAAGGGUUUCAAGAGCUUUGCUGUUUAAUGUUUGUUUUGAGCAUGCAAUAAAAACUGUAAGUAGCCUUUUUCAGUUACUUGUAUAAAUUUAUGAGCUGGAAUAUCUGUCCUGCAAAUACUUUUGGUCAGAGACUGCAUAAAAUGUUCGCAAUGUGCUCAUUAGGAUUCUCUAUGGGAUUUUACAUGUACUUGUUAGCAUUGCUAACCUUCAGAUUAGCUCAGUGGGGUUUGAAAUAGCACCCAUUGUGUUCAGUGCCGGUAUUACCAAAUUAUGACGGUAUGAAGUUAUGACAAUCUGGAUACAGUGUUGAAUAAAAAUGAAGUGGUUGAA